GAUGAACUACACCUCCAACUAAUCCCGCAACCACAUCCGUAUGCCCAACAUUACAUCCGUCGUUGUAAGUGAGGAGCGAAGACGAGAUUAGCUACUAGAGCUCGAUAUUAAUGACACACCCUUGUUCUGGUGUAGUCUUUCAGCAUUUUAGCAACAACGAAAUCGGUCACGCAUAUAAAAAACAAGUGCUCACGUCCCAUACUCCUGUCCGCUAGUUGCACCGUUCUUUGCCAUGUAUCACCUUGCUUGCUACCUGUGAACAACAUUAGAUCCGUCGGUAGGUAUCAUCUUGUUCAUAGUACUAAAUUCAUCUUAAUAGUUUUCUUUAACUUCUCCCCAUCCCUACCGCCUACUCGUUGUCGUUUGUAGUUGUACAGGACCUUGUAGAUUUUUUGUAUGACCUCCAAAGCCAAACGAGGACAACAUCGGAACAAGUUAAGGGAGCGCUGUGUUGUGAACAACAUUCACCAAAAAACAUGUCAUCGUCUAUGCAUCAUCACGCGCACGGUGGACACCACUACCACGCACCGCAAGCCCAGUAUGGUGUGUCAACCCAAUAUAACAAGCCGCCGAGAGGAGGCGGCUUCUCCCACCAGCACUACCAGUCGCAGCAUCGCGGAUAUAACAAUUAUGGUUAUCGCUUCUUUGUCCUCGAAGUAAAAAGUCUUCAUAGUUUAGUAAGUUCUUCAUCAGCCAGUGAGUCUGGUUUUGAUUUUGAACUUCCAGCAUCGUCGCUACUCGCAGCUACUUUUCUGCCUCUAACCCAUCCUCGACCAGCACCACAAAAUGAAUUCCUGGAUGAACAACAAUCAUCACCCGUCGGGACUCGCGUCGCAGCAGCACCCACCAGGUGCGCAUCCGCAGCAUGUCCAGAAGAACUCGAAUAGCUCCUCAGCAUCUACAGCGAGCUCCGCAACUUCGCAGCAUCCAGUGCAUCAUGGAUCAUUCUCGCAGCAGCAGACAACUUCGACGCUUCAGCAACAGGGGCAUCAUCUUAUGCAGUUGGAUAGAGAAACUCAGAGUUUCAAACUCUGUACAUCUACUUGACUUUCGUCGAUAGUAUGCGUUGUUGUACUUCUUCAGUGGCGCGAUCACUAGAGGGAUAACGUACUAGAACUAGUACUAGAACUAGUACUACUAGUCGUCCAUUUCAUUGUGAUCGUUUGUACAAUAUCAUCAUGAAAUAAAAAUUACCUCCUCGACUGUAGUGCUAGUCGUGGUACUUCACCGAGGAGCCACCUCUAAUGCCCACUCCACCACCCAGCAGCAACAGCAAGCAUCUCUGAAUCCCAAUCCCAAGUUUGAAGCCAACGACUUGGGUAUCUACUCCAGAAAUGCAGGUUUGAAGUUGCAGAAGGCUCAAGGAGAGGAGGCGUUCAUGGCCUGCGACCCUUCGGAUGAGGAGGAGGCGCACAAGUUGCUCUUGGCCCUGGAUUUGGAGGAAGUUUGCUUAAGGACCUGCUAUUCUUGUUUUUGUUGUGCUCCACCUAAAUAUACGUGGUGCUUGUAUUUAGGUAUGUGUACCUAGUACUAGUCUUCUUGUCGUAGUAGCUCCUCCAUCUAGUUGUAGAAAAAAGCAGGAUGAAGAUGAAACAUUUAUAAUUGCACUUGACCAGGCUGUCUUCUUCUAGAAGAAGAAUCUUUUUCAACGGCUUACCCUCUCCAGACGAGGCUGUCUUCUUCUAGAAGAGUAUGAAUCUUUUUCAACGGCUUUUUACCCUCUCCAUUCAAUGAGAAGGACGAGAAGGAAGGAUAAAAUAAUUCUUCAUCAAAAUAGACCUCUUGCCACCAAGCACAUGAGUCAAUCAAUCCUAUCCUAUUAUCCUAUCCUGUCCUGUGAGUUCUAAUCUGUAAAGGGAUCAAAUUUCGAUUCGAAUCGAGCAUAUCAAACACCUACGAUUUGGGCAAUGAAGUGGUGCCAACAGAAAACGGACGAAAUCAAGUCAAGAGUGUUACUUUUGCAAAGGUAGUAACCUCCACUUGAAGGAAUAGCACUUCGGCUUUUCGUAUGCUGCUAUAUAACAGUUGAAGUUAUGCUGGUGUUGUGAAUUUAUUAAAUUUAUUGAAUAGAUGAACAAUCACUGGAGACCUACUUUCCGUAGUUGCUCUCUCGCGAUGGUUAGUCUUCAUUGGAGAAAUUUUGAAACAUGAAGAUCACACCUCCCCACUUCACUCAACAUCACAGCGACGAGCGGAUGGACGAUCAGUGGUCAUCAAGAUGCGAAACAAGCAGAAAAGUUUCAAGGACGAGCAGGAAAUUAGGGACUGGAUGGCGAACAUGAGGGUACUCUUUAAAUGGAGAUGCUCAAUCUUGUUGACUUCUUGUCGUGUUUGGUCAAUUUUCGAGUUCAAGAAGAUGAAAUUUUCAAAGCAAUGUCUGAAACUGGAAUUCGGUGUCACAGCAGUUUCAACUUUCGAAAUACACAACAAUUACAAAAAUAUCCAAGCCCACAAACACUUACGUUGACCAUAAUAUACAACCAGCUACUCUUUCAAAUGUCGGGCGGACCACCUAUGUUGCAGGAUUUUCGAAAAGAGUCCACCGCCUAUCCACACGUUGCCAAAGUCCUUGAUAUUGUGGAGGACGAUGAUAGCUACUUCGUCGUGAUGGAACAUGUGAAAGGUACAGAAAAUAUCUUUCUGCUCUACAACCUUUAUUAGAGCUUUUUAGCAUGGUGCGACGAUUAUGAUCAUUUUUUAAAUCACUCGGUGUCACGUAAUAUCUACUUCGCUCAGAAAACAUGUUCUUGGGAGGUCAUCAUGAUCUCCAAUCCGCAUGAGCCACUACUACAAGUGAUCAUGCGUGACCUUCUCGUAGUUGACACAUCGCAGAUGAUGCGGAUGUUUUCUCGUGGUUUCAUCUUCCCACAAAACGUCUACAACCACCAGGGCGGGACCUCUUCGACUAUUUCGUGCAGGACAAGAUCUAUGAGAAGCCUUACAAAAUCCACGUUGCCAAGCAGAUAGCACGCGAACUUGUCAUGGGUAUGGAUGAGAUGCACUCACAUGGCUUGGUCCAUAAGGACAUCAAGCUGGAGAACAUCGUGUUGGACGAGUCGAGGGUCAAACAACAAGGCCAAGAACUCAUCUGCACAUGCAAAGUCGUGGAUUUUGAUACGGUAUAUAUAAGUUACUUAGAAGUUGUCGUGAUUCUAGAUCUAGGUCUAGCACUCAACACACUCUUACUUGAAAAAAUAUUUUACAAGAGUAGUCCAUCUAGAUCUAGAAAUAGAGGUUGCAGCACUUAAUGUUGACAGUAGAAAAGCAUCCUGCUCAAGAAUUCGGUGGGAAUGAACAAAAAUAUCUCACUCACCACCAGGUCGAGAUCUAUCGUCCCGGCACGAAGUCUUUCCACGUCCUUGGAACGGAUCAGUACAUCGCACCGGAAACCUAUGUCGGCUACGCCACACCAACGGCCGAUAUGUGGGCUAUUGGCGUGAUCUUUUUCACCAUUCUAACCGGCAGUUUCCCGUUCCACUGUGCGCUUUUUGAUGAUCAACCAGGUGAGAACUACGUCGGUCAUGCUAGGAUGGAUCAGAUCCGACGCAGACUCAGAAUUGCACGCAUCGAUUGGUCGAAUAAGGUACUUUCAUUUAAUCAUGAAUUUUACACUACAACAGGAUCUAUCUUUGAAAAAUUAAAAUUUGUUACUGUUUCAGAUCAUUUAAUAUCUGGAAUCGGAUUCCUAUCUCCGCCUAGUCCUUCUACUUCGUGCUGUUGACUUCCAAUAUUAAUUUCGAUCAUUCUUCAUGUGGCCGACCUCUUCAUUCUAGCUCUACCAACGACAUCAUAUUCACUAUGUUACAUCGCACCAGCCGAAUCUGAUUCUUGACCCUCACUACAAAAGGUCUGGGCAGCAGAACCUUUGGCCAAGGAUUUUGUUCGCCGAUGCUUCGAUACCGAUCCAAAGAAGCGACUGACCUGCAAGGAAGCUUUGGCGCAUCCCUGGAUCCGGGAUGUGAAGGUCAACAUCGUAUAAUUAGAUGGUAUUGGUAACGAGGUAGAACUAGAAAUUAUCUUUCUCUUUCAACUGUUUAUCAGGCUGCUGCUUGCCCGGAUGUAGUCCUUGUGGAUCUUCUGGAUAUUAUGUGGUUGUGGCUGAAGAAUCUUGACAGGGAAAGCGGUUUCUUUGUUCUAGCUUGAUUUAGAUAUCCGUAAGUAUCAUCAAAAUGUGUUUUUCGAUCGGGUUCGGGGGGAAAAAGAAUGUUGAAGAUUCUUCUUCACUUUUCUUCGACCAUGAAUGUCUGGCAUAACGCAAUCAAUUUAGUGUUUAUCUUGUUCGUAACACAACUACUUACUAGAUUUUUAUACACAUCGAUCACAUCACGACAGCAUCAUCACGUAAAACAAGUAUGUCAUGGAGAAAUUAGAUUUCAAAAUGCAGAGCAGCACGACAUUCGAUCUUGUGGGGAAAAUUCAAAUUGACAGAAUUAAGAUAGAUCUUCGAACUAUUCGACCCAAUAUUUUUCAGUAAGUCACAUCGCUAACACCAACCAACGUAGUUGCAUCAACGUAUGUUCAUUCUUAUAUUUCUUGUCUUAGUCUUAUCUAUCUGUCGAGUAAAAAAAUCCAAGAUUAGUAUGUCUUAACGUAGCAAAAAUUCAAUCACAGACCUUCAUCUAUUUUUUCAAAGUAAGUAAUAUACCUAGUAGAUCUUGAUCUAGGCGAUGUUGAAGCAAUUUUACCUAGUAGGACAAACAGUGCCAGCCUAGGCCUAGUCGGAGCAGGGACCUCCAACAACGUAGUUGAUCUUUCGUCAGUAAUAGUAAGUAUGUUCAUCGUGUUUAACAUUCAGAUUAUUCACUUGCAUAUUUUUAUUUGAGAACUAGACCGUUUAGAAAAAUUUCGAAACUAAGCGAAUCUUCAUUCAAAUCUUGAUGAAAAAAGGGAAACAAGUAGAACUAUCGUCCGCCAGGCUGAUUACAAAGGCAAGAAAGUCGAGGCGUUUGCGUCCUCGUGCAGAUCCUUGGCGCUUUUUUCCUUUAACGUAAAUAAUUGGGAUGGUCGGACAAUCGUUGUUCUCUCAAAUUGUAUCUUUCGUUGAUCUUGUUCAGUUACAACUCUUGUAUAGUAGACAAGAUUGAUUACGGGUAUGGCAGGAGCAGCUUCAACAAGUACAAGGUUGCCUUGCCGGGGGAUAGAUGAAAUAGAAAUUAUGCUCCUUCAUCUUCUUGUAUUUUUAAGUAAAAAAUGUCGUAGAACUAGAAGUCCUCGAAGUUGAGUAGAAUGAGACGAGACUCUUUCUUGCUGACUUCACGGACUUCGCACAAAUAAGAACUGAGCAAUCGUGCGAUAGAUUCACAUGUGAAGAGAGUGGCACUAUCAUGCAUGAUUGCGGUUUUAAGUACGUACAAAAAUCGUUUUUCUACUACCUCUUAGAGUACGAUGCUGAGAAGCAGCAUACUCGAAAAGCGAGGCUUAGGUGGUGGAUUAUUUUCUUUCAUUUCUUCAUGCACGUCGUCAGUAUACGUGAAGUCAAUGUACAGAAGUUCAACAUAUUUUUGAAUAAGUGUUGACUUUGAACCACCUUUAAAAUUGUAUAGUGGCAUAGAAGUAGCGUCAGCAAAAACCAGUCGUGUACCAUUCCUUAGUUGGGAGAGUUGCUUGUACUAAAUAAACUGGUUAUGAUGUAGAAGUGAAAGUGAUCAUCAGUUCAUCAUGCGGAAAACAAACGACUCGACAUUAGAUUAUCGCCACUUUUCUGCAUCAUGAUCCUCUUUUCUGGAGGAAUUAAGUCAGGCUCAGAUGAAGAAGCAGUUAUAGUGGUGUGCAAAGAUUAUUGUACAGAUGAAGAAGUAUCUUUUCUUGAGUCGCAGUUGUGGUUCUAACGGAAGGACGCGAAGUCUUCUCUUCGCUCCUGGGUAGUUAGAGUAGUGCUUGCUAGUUGCAGCUUGUGUUCGCUUUUGCUGCCCUUUAUUCGACCGUUCCCUUCUUCUUCGCUUGAAGGGUCCGAUGAUCAUUGAUCAGGGUCCACCAUGUCGUGAUGUGAUGCGAUGUCAGUUGUUCAGGUGGAUUCUUCAUGAAGAUGACAUAACUACAGAUUCAUGCCGAUUCCGAGGUCUUCAUGAUCCAUACACCUGUUGUCAUCGUAGGCAAGCCUCCGUGUGGUCUUGUCGAUGUAACGCGCCAGGAUCUGAUAGUGCAACAGUAUCGUCUUACUUUCUGACUGACUUCGCGUCUAUGUUGUACUAUUAGCUGGCUUGUUCGCGUCUCCCCCCUAUUUUUAUCGACUUUGAUAAGUGAACAGGCCAACGCCUAAACCACUAGUUUGGACUCUGUCACUUUUUUUGAUAUUAUACCGGGACUCGAACCCUAGGUAGUUUGAUUGAUAAGUGGACAGGCCAACGCCUAAACCACUAAACUGAAAAAUCCAUCUUGUGAAAAAGAAGUCUGAC